UGAAAUCCAAACCCCCUAAGAUGAAUUAUUGUUUGUGUAUAAUAAAUACUUGGGACCCUAAUUCCCUAAAUACUUGAUACCUAAGUUCUUUCCGGACUUUGAUUCCAAAAAAUACCGGACUGUCGCUAGGAAAUGGAAGCUAAAGUUAGAAACUUAUUGGAUUCAGUCAGCCAUAUCUUCUCCUCCGGCGAUCAGAUACCUUGGUGCGAUCCCGAUAUCAUCGCUGGAUGCGAGCGUGAAGUGGCAGAGGCUGAAAAUGGUGCUUCUGAAACAACUAAAAGUGAAUGCAUAAUGCGCUUAUCUUGGGCUCUUGUUCAUUCAAAGCGUCCAGAAGAUCGCCAGCGUGGUAUAGCAAUGCUAGAUGCUUCUUUAGGGCUCACUAGUGGUCCACAACAAAAGAGGGAAAAGCUUUAUCUUUUAGGUGUUGGAUACUACAGAAGUGGGGAUUAUGCUAGAAGCAGAGAGAUAGUGGAUAGCUGUUUGGCGAUUGAACCUGAUUGGAGGCAGGCAUUGACCCUGAAGAAGGCAAUUGAAGAUAAAAUCACUAAAGAUGGAGUGAUUGGCAUUGGCAUUGCUGCCACUGUUGCUGGGCUGGUUGUGGGGGGGAUUGCGGCUGCGUUGUCCCGUAAGAAGUGACUGAUGAUCGUGUGAACUGCUGCUGCCUGUGCAUAACAAAUGCAAACCUUUUCGCAGUCCCUCUUUUAGAGUCCUAUGACUCUCUCCGUGAGAGUACUAUGUUUGAGAGCAUUUCUUUUCUUCCUCCCUGAUAGGCUGGUAGUACUACUGAAUCUUCAAAAAUAGUUAGUUGCUUUUUUAUGGCUUGUUUGGCAGUUCGUAUACCGUGCAACCGGAGCAUGGUGAGCAUCAUGCUCCACACCCCAAAACGACGUAGUUUUGAUCAAAUUUAAAAAAAAAAUCGCGUGAACAGUACACGCGUGAACAGUACACGCGUGUACAAUAUUUUUUUUUUUAUUUUCUUCCCAAUAACAUGAAUGAUGUAACUUGUGCAUAAUUUGAUGUAACUCGUGUUGCUACAAAUGUAACUUCAAUUAACAACAUAUGUAACUUGUGCCCUGAAAUGUAACUCAUGUUUAAUGAAAAAAAGGAGUUUAAUUGUCCAAUUAUUUUACAUAAA